CAGACCUCCGGGCGCGUGGGGCAGGCAGGCAGGCCUGGCAGUGACGGGCGGAAGGACUAAGAGGCCGGCGGCGGCGCGAGCAUGCGGUUCCCGGAGCACUUCUUCUGCGCCCUCCUGGCGGCGGCGGCGGCCAUGGCCACGGCCUGCGUGCUGGCCCAGCGAGCGCCCCCGUGGACAGAAGAUUGCAGAAAGUCUACCUACCCUCCUUCUGGGCCCACGUACAGAGGUCCGGUGCCUUGGUACACCAUCAAUCUUGACUUGCCCCCGUACAAGCGAUGGCACGAGGUUAUCACAGACAUGUCACCAGGGUUCCGGAACAUCGUGCGGAAUGUGAAGAACGUGGUGAACACUUUCUUUCCCAGUGGGAAAGUUAUAAAGAUGGUGGAUGAGCGCUUGCCCAGCAUGCUUGGCAACCUUCCCUGGCCCUUUGAGGAGGAAUUGAAGGGGAUUGCAGACGUGUCAGGAGUCCCUCUAGGUGAGGUUCUUUCUUUCAACAUUUUCUACGAACUCUUCACUAUCUGUACGUCCAUCAUAGCAGAAGAUAAGAAAGGUCAUUUGUUCCAUGUUAGAAAUAUGGAUUUUGGUGUCUUUCUUGGGUGGAACAUGAACAAUAAUUCCUGGACUGUGACAGAAAACCUGAAGCCGCUAUCGGUGAAUCUGGAUUUCCAGAAGAACAAUCGGACGGUCUUCAAAGCCACCUCAUUUGCAGGCUACGUGGGCAUGUUGACAGGCAUGAAGCCAGGGACCUUCAGCCUGACCUUGAAUGAGCGCUUCAACUUGAACGGGGGCUUCCUGGGCGUCAUAGAAUGGAUGUUGGGCAGAAGGGAAGACAUGUGGAUAGGGUUCCUCAUGAGAAGCGUGCUGGAGAACGCCACAAGUUACGAAGACGCCAAGAACCUGCUGAUCAAAACCACAGUCCUGGCCCCGGCCUACUUCAUCCUGGGGGGUAACAAGUCCGGGGAGGGCUGCGUGAUCACUCGGGACCGAAAGUCCACCGUGGACGUCUACGAGCUCAAGCCCAAGGAAGGCAGGUGGUUCUUGGUGGAGACCAACUAUGACCGCUGGAAAGCCCCCUUCUUCAUUGAUGACCGGAGGAAGCCCGCCACCCUCUGUUUAAACCAGACCACACAAGAGAACAUCUCGUUGGCCUCCUCCUAUGACAUCCUGUCCACAAAGCCAGUUCUCAACAAGCUCACAGUCUAUACCACACUGAUCGACGUUCCCAGUGACGUGUAUGAGUCCUACCUGCGUGACUGCCCAGACCCUUGUAUCGGCUGGUGAGGAGCAGGCAUCUGGACUGUAGCAGGAUCUCGGGGGCUCUUUUGCCCCGUGACUAGGG